AUGGCGUCUACCGUGCCGUCCAAGGUCAAGAGCCUCCACCAGGCCAGCAAAAAUUGUCUGGACCAAAUAUCAAGCCAAAACCUCAUCAUGUACAAGGAGAUGUUUGUCCACUACGCCAGCCCCAGCUCGGGCAAGAAGCACGAUGACUACGAGAAGCCCUCUGUGCCCGACAAGCGCAUCUUCAGGUCCCUGUCUUCGACCACUUCUCUCCCGACCGUUGCGCAAUGCGCCGUGCAUCUGGAGCUCCUCGAGCUCUUCUACGCGCUGCGCUCCCAGAUCAUCUCCUCCACCAAUCUGGACGACACGUUCGGGCUUGAGAUGAACAACCGCACCGUCUAUCGCAGGAAGUACGACGCGACGCAGCGCAAGUACGUCAACAAGCCGGUGAAGCUCCGGGACGCGACCUGGGAUGGGCGGAGAAAGUUGAAGUGGACGUGGUAUCUCGAGUUGGCGGCCGGGCGGUUCUUGGUCUGGGCUGUGGCCGUUGAUCGUGCCGUGUCUGCCAGCGCCUCGCAGGGUUCAGACAAGGCGGACGUGCCUCUCCCUCACUUACCGCCUCUGGAUGUCCUGAUGGUCUGGCACGCCUAUCUCCUCAACCCAGCAAGCUUUGAAAAGUACUGUAAAGACAACUCCCUAAACUGGCUGCAGAGGGUGCCUUUCCCAUGGUCACAAAUUCAUGCCGCCAUCAACUCCAAAGAUUUGUCAUACACCGUUCCCGCCAAGUGCCGGACAUGGCUGGCGGAAACCCUCAAGUUCGAGAUCGACCUCUUCCAGUACCUCUGCGAUGCCGGCAACACAAGCAGCGCCGUCGCGUUCCUGCUCAAGAAAGAGGGCAGCCUAAAAAACAUGCCCAACAUAACAUCCACGUCUUCCCUGGACGGACUGCCGCCUCGGGAGCAGUCCUUUGUCGGCAUCAUGCAGCAAGCAUCGACGAAGAGAAGGCAAGUGUGGGUGCUCGUCGAUAACGUCGUGCGUCAGGAGUCAUUCGUCGCCAAGAUGCACAGCCAGCUCUGGCUCCGCAGCCCGGCGCUCGAGGGCACCCUGCAGCGGGCGGUUGAGCGCUACGAAGUCUUCCUCGAGCUGUUCGCCCUUCACCCCAAGCAGAUGCUCGUCCCGACGCUGGACAUUGACCUGGCGUGGCACACGCACCAGCUGUCAUCCGCUCGAUACCGGGAAUCCACGGAGGAGCGCUGCGGCCGCUUCAUCGACCACGACGACAAGCUCCCCAAGUCGUCGCUGACAAAGGGCAUGGACAGGACGGCCGAGCUGUACCGGGCGCACACGGGGAGGGAGUACUCGGUGUGUCAGUGCUGGGACUGCGAGGCGAUUGCUUCGGCGCUGGAGUCAUGUGUCGUCGAAGGCACGUUGGACAACGCUGACGUGGAUUCUCUGGCGAGACAGGUUGGCAACGACGUGCAGUACUACCGCGCGGUUGAGCAUGCCCGGAGACGCAAAGUCGACCCUCCCAACAGGAGGAUCGCGGUUCUGGGACCGGAGAGGGAGGCUUAG